AUGCCUCCUACAGCGCACGACAAUAAUUCCACCGUCAAUGUUGACCUGGAGGAGCAAGAAGUCGAAAUUCCGGACAAGAGUUGGCCCAGCCCUGGUCAAAACGCGGAAGGGCUCUGGAGAAUGGACGUCCUGGCAGCGAGAGUCACCAAUGGUGCAAAGGAUACGGAUGAAGGCUCGAUUAGUACCCGGCUGAUGACUCGGGCGGGUCCUCCGAAAGACUCACCGCAAGAGAAUAUCAAACCUGACUGGCACUGGCUACACAUUCAACGCGAGUUCCUGGAUUACGAUGAGUUCAUGGCCUUUGCACUGAAUUCACCAAACAUCGAUUCUGAUCUUCAAAAGAUCACAUGGGCGCUACUGCAAGAAGUCAAAAGCAGGAUUGUCAACCUGCCGGAGGGGAAGUCCAUUACACCGGAAUUUCUGAUUACAUGUGGAAUGGUGUCGCAGGACAAUAUUUUCAAAAUGUGCUCAAUUCAAGAGGAGUACAUUACACCAACAAUCCGCUUCGUCGAUGAUGAAGGACGAGUCAUCCUCCGCCAUACAAACGCAUAUUCCAGUUUGCUGGAGCUCGAAAAUUCCGUCUCUCACCAUCUGGGUUUCUCUGAUUUCAUGGUCAAAGAUGAAGACAUUCCAAAAUGGUUUCACGUCUUCUCGUCGGACAAGCCCCAUAUCCACGAUGUCCGCGUAGUUCGCGAAGCUGUUGAAGCCACGCUGCUUGUGACAGGGCCACAAAACCAGGCCGAGAUUCAUCCAACACCAUUCUUCUGCUGGAGACCAGACGCAAAGCCCGAUCAGCCAGAUGUAGCAGUGGGAUCGGAAGAAGAUGAAGUGAAUUUUCUACGACUGAAUUUGGAACGUUUCGCCCACGAUUCUCGAAAAGAUGAGGCAUUCUUAAAGAUCUACGAACAGAUUACGCCCAAGAACAAGGAUUCGAUCCGGGCGAUCCCACUUCUAAGCAGCUUUGUAGCCACUACAUAUAGUUAUCCUGAGCAAGACACUGGCUCUGUGUGGCCUUUGAAGUGUCACGAAGCUCAGAAUGAGAUCAUGGCCCAGAAACGGGAUCUGAUGCGGAGAAACUUCAUUGAGCUUCACUCAGCAUUACAGUCUCUGGUGGAUCUUUUCUUUCCCAGCAAAACAACAAAUUCAGAGCCUAUUGGCAAGCUUUGGGGCGCAGUCAGCGCUUUUGGAAAGGUCCUGCAAAUCAGCUACCGUACAAAGACAGCUCAACGUAACACUUGGGUUAUCCCAGAUCCCUCCAUGAUGGAAAUUGCCAUGGAAAUUCCAAUACAACAAAGGCCGCUGAAGUUUGAUGAGCCCAGGGUCUGCCAGGACACUCAUAGUCCCAGCUACAAUAGCGCCGAAGAAGCCAUUCAACACCUUCGCGAGGAACAUUUCAUGCAUACUGAUGAAGGGAGCAGAUCCGAAAAGAAUUUGGCCUACUAUGUCUCCAGCACUGACCAGGCAGAGUUUCAGAAACUUCUCGAUUACUUGAAUGGCAUUGUUCUAACAUGCCUCGAGACUGAUGAUCAAGAAGCUCGCUGUAGCGAAGGCGCAAGAGUCCCGGACAUUUAUGACGAGGCUCUCAUGGAAAUGGUCAGUUUGAACCACUAUGCCUCAAUCAUCCUAGCUGAUAGCGAGAACCAGCGAUACACAGCCAGCAACGCUCCAAGGAAGCGACUCAUCCAAGAGAUCAAUUUCUUGGAAGAAGAACUCAAUGCAUUGUCCGUGGUCAGCACUUGGCAAGGGGAUGCCCUCACGGAUUACCGUACUGCGCUUCGCAGUGAAGGGAACCAGCGUAAUACGCGAAGUCAGCAGCUCCAGCCAUUUGAGGAAAAACUCAUGGAAAGUAUCGACCAGUUGCUCCAAGGAGACCAAGAAACAUACGAGUUCACCCGCGACCAAUGCAGUCCUUUGGCUCUGAAGGUAAAGCAGAGCACUGAGAUAAAUGAGGAAGAUCACGGGAAAGCCAUCUUUGUCUUCACGGUUGUCACGACUAUUUUUCUGCCACUUUCCUUUGUCACCAGCUUCUUGGGCAUGAACACCACCGACAUCCGCGAUACGACAUACAGCCAGAGCUUGUUCUGGAUGAUAGCCCUGCCUGUCACUGCUAUCGUAAUGGCUUUGGUUAUGGGGGUAGCGUACAACUCCGAUGGCCUGAAGGAUCUGCUUUCGCGCUUCUCCCAGACAUACCACCGUCAAGGUCCUCAACGAUUGAGAAGCGUCCACAGCCAAGUAGAUCAGACCAGCCAACGGGAUCGUGGCCAAUCUGACGAUUUCGGCUCCCUCUUCCCCGUGGUUCCGCCGUCGAAAGGGCCCACGUUUUUCAAAAUUCAUAGAGACCACCUUGCCAUAGAAACACUCACGUAUUAUGGUCUGCCAUGGGAAAGGGACAAAUGCUAG